CGCAGAUUAUAUAAAGUUAGCGUUACUGAUGAAUAGCCCUUCAAAUGAAAUCAUACAACUAACUAAUGAUGAUGCUACAUCCAGUAAAGCUUAUGCCGUUUCUCGAGGCUACUGGAAAGACAAAUAUAUCAGAUAUUUCUGUUCCUCUCCUUUACACAAAACUCCGGAGAUUAAUCGUGGCUAUUUUAUAAGAACAACUGCAUUCAGAGCGAUUGCCAAAUCAUUUAUCAAGUCCACAGGUGGAGCCUGUCAGAUUAUAAAUCUUGGUGCAGGCUCAGAUACACUCUACUUCGCUCUAAAAGAUGCUCAAGAAACCCCAGAAUUAUACAUUGAAGUGGAUUUAGCAUCAAAUAUUCAACACAAAGCUAUAACAAUACAAAGAAGAAAAUUACUCGACGCAACAAGAGCCUUUCCACCUCAAGGCGAUAAUUUAACGCCUACAAUAAAUCAAAAUAUUUCUGCUGUCGACACAUCAAACGAUAAUUUGCACUACGUUUUCGAAACAGGACGGUUUCACUUACUCAGUUUUGACCUACGAAGACCUGUCCAAGAUUUUCUAGAUGUCCUUUGUUCCUCAGUUAGUGGACCUGGUUGUUCUAAAAUCUGUCCAACUCUCUUCCUUGCUGAAUGCGUACUUGUCUAUAUGUCUCCAGAGACAAGCUUUCAGUUAUUAAAUGGUCUUUCGAUGAACUUUCCCCAUGCUUCAUUCCUACAUUAUGAACAGGUUAAUAUAAAUGAUUCAUUUGGUUCUAUCAUGAUCAAAAAUUUUCGUGCUCGUUCCUGUGAGCUUCCUGGUCUUGAUGCGUGUCAGUCACUAGCUACUCAAGAAGAACGGUUUUAUAAGGCUGGCUGGAAAAAAGCCAAAGGAUGGACCAUAAAUGAAGUUUAUAAGACGUUACCUUCCAGUACUCGAUAUAGAAUAGAACAUUUGGAACUGUUGGAUGACCUUGAAGUGACAAUGCAAUUGUUCGAUCACUAUUGUAUUCUCUUGGCCACUAAUGAUGAAACGCUUUGUCCAAAUACACAGUUUGAAAAAUCAUUAGCCACUAUUGAAUAGUCAUCUUUCUAAAUGAAAUAUCUAAUUCAUCAAAAAAUAUACACUGUACUGAAUUUUUCAUAUUUUGAUUUGUUUAUCAUUUGUAAAGUAUUUAUAUCAUACAACUUC